UUCUUCCGCUCUGCGAAUUCCUUCAUAAAUACCACUCCUCCCAUCUACUUCCAACCUCGCACCAUCAUAAUCACACAAACUCUGUAUCUAUAUUUAUAUGCGCAGAUAUAGUCUAAACUCAAACUGAAGUACAGAGUGUGUGAGUGAGUGAAGGGUUUUGCUAAUGGAGAAUAAGAAUCAGGCUUCCUCUUUCUCUAGCUUCGGCGAUUACCUCCGGGCACUCUCCGAUACCCCGCGCCGCCUUGCGCUCCGGGCGGGCUCUGUCUCCACUUCGAUAGAGGAGACGAGCCACGUUCGCGCUCAGUCAGGGGGGGAUAUGAAGAGGAGUCUCCGGUGGUACGACUUGGUCGGGUUCGGCCUCGGCGGGAUGGUCGGCGCCGGCAUCUUCGUGACCGCCGGUCACGCCAGCCAUGACUGUGCCGGCCCUGCCGUUGUCCUGUCCUUCGCCAUUGCCGGUCUCUGUGCUCUCCUCUCGGCGUUCUGCUACACCGAGUUCGCCGUCGAGAUGCCUGUCGCCGGCGGCGCUUUCAGCUACAUCCGCACUACAUUCGGGGAAUUUCUGGCAUUCAUAACCGGAGCUAACCUAAUCAUCGAUUACGUCCUCUCCAACGCCGCCGUGGCGAGGAGUUUCACAGGCUACUUAUGCACAACCGUCGGCCUACCGCACGUAACGAAGCUGAGAAUCACCAUCUCCGCCCUGCCAAAAGGCUUCAACGAGAUCGAUUUCGUAGCAGUGGCGGUUGUCUUAGCCCUAACCGUAGUCAUCUGCUACAGUACGCGAGGAAGUUCCGUGUUGAACAUGGUGCUAACGGUGCUGCACAUCCUGUUUAUCGUGUUCGUGAUAGCGAUGGGGUUCUGGAAGGGAGAUUCGAAGAACCUAACUCAUCCGGCGGAUCCGGAGGUCGCGGGCGGGUUCUCGCCGUUCGGCGCGUCCGGAGUUUUCAGCGGCGCCGCCAUGGUGUACCUGAGCUACAUCGGAUACGACGCCGUGUCGACAAUGGCGGAGGAGGUUAGGAAUCCGGUUAAGGAUAUCCCUAUCGGCGUCUCGGGCUCAGUUAUCCUCGUGACCAUCCUUUAUUGUCUGAUGGCCGCUUCUCUCUCCAUGCUCCUCCCCUAUGAUAGGAUUGAUCCGGAUGCACCGUUCAAUGGGGCGUUCAGCGAGGGGUCGGGAGGGUGGAGAUGGGUGUCCAACGUCAUAGGGGCGGGAGCCAGCUUCGGGAUACUCACAUCAAUGUUGGUGGCGAUGCUGGGGCAGGCUCGGUACAUGUGUGUGAUCGGACGGUCAGGCGUGGUCCCCAAGUGGUUCGCCAAGGUCCAUCCUAGGACGUCCACGCCCGUCAACGCUUCCGUCUUCCUCGGGAUCUUCACUGCAGCCAUUGCGCUUUUCACCGAUUUACAAAUCCUCUUGAACCUGGUAACAAUUGGCACGCUCUUUGUGUUCUACAUGGUCGCAAACGCGGUGAUCUACAAGCGCUAUGUCACCGUGGGAACAACCAAUCCGUGGCCGACCCUGUCUUACCUCUUCUGCUUCACCCUCACCUCGGUCUUGUUCACGCUGCUGUGGCACUGCGCCCCGCCAGGCAAGGCGAAGGCCUUGGUGCUGGGCGCUUGCACUCUCAUCGCCAUCGCCAUUCUCCAGCUAUUCAAGUAUAUGGUCCCCCAGGCGAAGAAACCCGAGCUGUGGGGUGUCCCGUUGAUGCCAUGGAUUCCAUCCGUUUCCAUCUUCCUCAAUAUAUUCCUGUUGGGUUCCCUCGACCGGCCAUCCUAUAUCCGGUUCGGAUUCUUUUCAGGGCUUGCAGUGAUUGUGUAUGUGCUAUACAGUGUCCAUGCUAGCUUUGAUGCUGGGGAACAAAACACUCUUGGUCAAGAGAAUAUUGAGAUGGUGAAGGAAUAUAAUAUUAAUGUACCCCGGGACCAUUCUCUCAAAGUAUAAAUGUAUGUGUAAUGGUUCAUAUAUUUUAACCUUUUUAUUCUUUUGCUUCUUGCAUAGAAUAGAGAAGUCCAGUGGGAUAGGCUGCAAUUUAAUUUUGCAGCACUUGGCAACUUGUAUAGUUUGAUUCCCAGUAUUAUUGGACUUUUGUUCAAUAUCCCCAAAAUGCUAAUUUGAAGUCAACUAUUGUUUUUAGCUA